GCCUCGCGCGGGUGACGAAAGUAGGACACGCCUACUUCUCUCCCCUUGGUCUUGUUUUCGGACGAAAAUUCAUCUCUAAAGAAAACCAAUGUAGCACAAAAUCAUAUCAGAUUGAAUGUGAUGUUAUCUACGAGUGUUUAUAAUGAGACAUUAAGAGGAAUAUAUUCAACUAACUCACCAUGGUUUUACUAUUGGUUAUCAUUAGUUUAGUUGUUUCCUUCACUUUAAUUUUCGUUCUCCUCGGAUGCUUUCAAUGUUUUGCUGGAAAUAAAAGUAAAGGCUUCUCGACUUUUGAAAAUCCUACUGAAGAAGCCAUAGCAUCGCAGGGUUUUGAAAAUGAAGGAAUUUCGUUGGAACCAUCAGAUCUGGUUACGGUUGAUUCCAGUGGUUUUACGUCUGUAACGAUUGAACCACUGCCUGAUAUAUUGAGUAAAACUGUUUCUACGUCUGCUCUAAGACCACGCAUCAGAUGUAUAGAAAAAUCUAAACAGGAAUCAGCAUUGAGAUUAAUUACUGUACAUCAUCCGUUUCCAAGAGCUCAGCUAACCUAUUUAAAAGAAAUUGGUUCAUCAUGGUUUGGACAGGUCAUAGAAACUGAUGCAGAGAAAAUAUUAUCAGGUGUAGCACGUAAUCGUGUUAUUGUUAAGGUAUUAAAAGAUGGUGCAUCUACAGUAGAACAGAAACAGUUUCUAGAAGAUGUUGCUCCAUACAGAGAACUUGAUCAUAUUAAUAUUAUACGUCUCCUUGGUCAAUGUACAGAAACAACACCACUUCUUUUAGUACUGGAGUUUGCUCCUUUGGGAGAUUUGAAGGCUUAUUUAAGGAAUCAUAAAACUGAUUCAGCUACAUUUAUACAAAAGAAUCUGCAGUUGAGGUUUGCUUUAGAUGUUGCUAGUGGUUUAGCCUGUUUACAUAGACAUAGUUAUCUCCAUCAAGAUUUAGCUAGUAGAACAUGUUUAGUAGCAGGAGAUCAGACUAUAAAGAUAGGUGAUUAUGGUACAAGUGAAGAACGAUAUAAGUCUGAUUAUUAUAACAAUGGUCAAGAACUUUUACCGAUACGAUGGAUGGCACCAGAAUCAUUAGAGCUACAAGAUGUCAACUGGCAAAUUACAGAAAUCACAAAAGAGUGCAACAUUUGGUCGUAUGGUGUGUUAUUAUGGGAAAUAAUGGCGUAUGGUGAGAUGCCGUAUACAGCUUUACCUAAUGAACAGGUAUUAGAUGGCGUCAUCAAACAAAAACUGAUAAAACUGCUAUCUCCAGUCUCAACUUUACCAUAUCGAGAUAGAAUGUUUGAAGUUAUGCAGUUUUGUUGGUUAAAGCCAGAACAGAGACCAACUAUAGAAGAAGUGCACGGUUUGUUACAAAAACUUUAUGAACAGACGACGUCUACGCAAUCUCAAGUUACAAUUGAUGAAUUUGAACAGAAAUGGGACACAUUAAUUCCAAAAGAGAUCCAUGUCCAAAGACCAGAUAAUAUUGCAGCAGUACCUUCAGUCCCAAAAGAAUUUGAGUCAAAUUUCUUAGCUUCAUCUGAAAAUGUAAACGAUACUACAACAGGAUUAGCAAUCAAUAAUGCUGACAAAUUAUCAAACAAUGGGGAUUUUGAUUUGUCACUGCCAAGUGAUGGAUUUAUGAAACCAGAUUCAAUGGCUACGCCAUGUAAGCCAAUCAGACAACACCUGACAAGUACUCCCAUGACUAAAGAUAACUUCAGGGUUGAGAAACCCAAUGCCGAUCUACAACUUCAAACAAAACCAGAAACUGAUUUUGAAACUAUGUUCAAAGAUGAAGGCAUUUCUCCAAUGAAUGAUUCUGCUGUGGAAGAAGAUGCAUUUGAGAGUCCACAAAAGGCAGAUGGGAAACCCAAAACUACCACAAUAGAAGAAGAUAGACAGGCGGAUGCAUUAGUGACGUCUGCAGAAACAGUGACAUCUGGAGUAGUGACUGGUGACUUUUCUCUUAGCGGCAAACAUUUCGAACAAAUGACCCAGUCAGCUUCAUUGUCGACAAUACCCAGUCAAAAAUCUGAUGAAAUCCAUUUUGAAACCAAAGAAAAGAACUCCACACAAAAACCAGACAUAGAUUCCUUUGACCACAUUGAUGCUGUUAUAGUGCCUACAGAGAAUGAAACUUCUGAAACUAACUUUUCUCAGACUGAAAAUAGAGAUCAUUCAUUGCCAGAAACAACUACAACAAACAGUGGAAAUACUGAAACAGUUGAGAUUAUACCAGACAUUGAGAGUCCGUCAAAAUCUGUCUUUCCAAAUGACAAUGAAACACAAUUUAGCGAUCCCAUGGCAGACUUUGUAAAUAUUUCCAAUAACAAUAAUUUAAUGGUAGCACCACAAAAUCCUCCCAAUACUGUAAUUAUCAAUUCAGCAUUGGCAGCAGAUAUUGAUGAAUUUAUGAAUGCAUCAUUUGAUAGUCCUAUGAAUGUCUCGGAUGAUAAGUCAGCCGAUAACUUAACCGACUUUUCAGAUUUGGAUGCAAUAUUUAAUGGUAAAACAAGCAGUGAUUUAUCGAGUUCUAAUGAAGCUUUAGAGGAAUCAAACCAAAUUGUAGACCAAAAAUCUGACAUAUCCAAAACCACAUCAGUUGAUGAUGCAACUGAACAGGUAGGUAAUUUUGUGAAUAACAAGCGUAAUGUUUUUCCAAACUUGAAUGAAAAACAAAGACUUGAAUUGUGUGAAAUUAAUAGUAGUACGCCUGUGAACAAUUUUAAUAGAUAUUCUAGAGCCAAGGAAUAUUUUAACAAAGAACAGAGUGAUAUUAGUCUUGUGAAUGGUGCAUGUAGUCCAGUUGUGAAUGGAUCCGAGGAAGAAAGUAGUACUCAGUCGGACGAUACCGAUGAAAGCACAACGUCGAGCGGUAGUUCGUAUAUAUGUGACUAUAAUGUAACUAAUGUGGAUUCUAAUGAAUCGAAGGGAGUGUCGUCCGAUACAAAGACAGUAGUUAAAACGGAAGAUACAGACAGUGAAAGUGAAAGUAAUACUGAUACAGACGAUGAUGGAAGUGUGGUAUUCAGUAUGAAUGAAGAUGAAAUUAGAAUCGCUGAAGAACUCUACCUCUCAAAGGGAGUUAACUCUCCUUCGGUUUAUGAAAAAACUCCAUUAGAAACCAUUCCAGAAGAUGAUUUACCCACACCAAAAGAGUUGGAAUCAUUUGAUAUCAAGUUUGAAGGACAAUUUGAUGAAGUUUUUACUUCUCAGGACAAUUUUGAAUGGGAUGAUUUUAUGGGUGAAUCUUUAGUUGGUCGACCGCGUAGUUCUGAUAUUUCCCCAAAACGAGCUUUGGACUUCUCUGAUUGGAUGGUUGAAGAUGAUAUAAGUUUAAGAAGUAAUAGUAGUGCUUUGUCCAAUUCCAAAAAUACUAACGGUGUACGUGGUAGUGCUGGUUCACUCGACAGUCCAAGUGUGCGUUCUUCCAUUUCUGAAUCAGAGGUAAAACGAUCCCAACCUCGCACUAAACCCCGCUCCUAUAUAUCUGAACUCAUAACUAAUCGUAGCUUCGGGUCUUUAACCUCUAACUAUAGAAAUCAUGCUAGUAGUUUCUAUUCUUUAUAUGAUAAUAUGGAUGAGGACGAUUCAACAAGUGAUGAACAGUAUCUUACAGACUUAAAUCUUUCUAACCAUUCCCAUAAUAUACAACUCGGAAAUUCAUAUAUUGGACAUAUGCAUGACAUAAAGAGUAAAAGUAACCUCCCAGCUGCUAAUGGAACUAAUAAGGUAUUUGGGGCUACAAUGACUACAGAUCUAGAUGAAGAUUUGCCUGACUAUGACAUGUUAACAGACUCCAAUGAAUCACAAAGUAAAAACGAGGAGGACACGGUUGUUACAAGUCCUGCAGAAAAUAUGUUGCACUUAAACCGGUAGUUAAGAUGAAUAUUGAUUUUCUUUUAUGACCUGAAGUGACAAUAGUUACAAUCUGAUUUAAGUACAGAUCUUAAUUUUGUUUCUUUUUUUAUGCUAUCAUAAGGCUUGCCAUUGAGUCAAGUGCCGUGGUUUUGAUCCCAAGCUGGUACAUGACAAGCUUUGGGGUCACCUGCUUAAUCUCAUGGGUUUUACCCCGGAGUUUCCUCAACAGUUAAAGAAAUCCUACACACAAGCAAAUUAUUGAAAUAAAAUUGUAUCAUAUGUUAGUCCCAAUAUGACCUGGUUUGUAUUGUGUGGAUGUUAAACCCAAUUUCUCUUUCUUUGUGUUAUGAACUGGGCUUCAUGUAGAUCUGACUGACUUAGUGUGGGAGGACGUUAGGAGUCACAUUAGAGAACUUUAACUGAAUUACAGACUAUUUAUCUCCCCUCCUUUGUAUUUUAAGCAAAUCUAGACUUAACAGACUAUAUGGCUAUUUCAUUGGCUGCGAAUGUAAUUUAUUUCAAAAUUCUUCCUGAUACGAAUUAAACUAUAAAAACUGAAACAAAACAAGAUGUGUGUUUUGAUCAGAUUGUUCUUAUUAUUAUAAGACUGAAUAUUCCGUCUAUUCAGGUUAUCCUACUUCUUCAGCAGGUCACAUACCUCAAUAAUAGUAGUACUACAACCGGUUUUGAAAAUAUAUAUAUUGGAAUAUUUAAAACCUAGCCAACAUGUUAUUAAGAUUCAGGUGUACAUUUAGUUUGAGUUUUGUGAAUUAUUCCUGAUUUUUAUGAGAUAUUUGGUCAAAUGCUCAAAUUAACCUUCACCUUAUUUAGAGUCAUAUUUUAUUCAAAUUUUAAUAAAAGUAAACAAAUUUAGUAUCAAAGUGAAAUAAAAUUAUGUUAAAAACGAUUUACAGAUUCCUUAUAUUGUAACUCUAGAAUAUGAAAUGUUUCGAACAAUCCAGACUAGUAGUAGUACCCAAUGAUGCCGGUAUACCAUAAAUAAUUGAAAUUAUGAUAUAUAAACGAAAUGUGAGUUGAGCAUUUGGUCCAUUGUCUUACAUUUUUGAUUAAUCUCAGUAUUUUAUAAACCAUGUAUUUUUUUUUCACAAGUAAAUAAUUCAGUUUUAUAGAUAGAUAGGUGUAUAUAUAUAUCUAUGUAUGCAGUUUUUAUUUAUUAAUUUUUGCAGGAUAUUAAUUAUUUGAAAGCUCAAUCAAUAAAUUAGACAAUAGUUCAAUUAAUUCAGUAAGGUCAAGGCAUUAUAGCUUUAUGAAAAGGUAUACAAGAUGGCUACCAAGUUGGUUCACUGUGUAACAUGAUUAAUGUUUGGAGCAUUUGAAUAUUAGCAAUAAUAGUUGUAAUAUAAUAAUUAUGUUAUGUAGGUGCUUUGUAUAUUUAGUUCAUUUAUUUUUUUAUAUGCUUGGUGGACGGUAGAUAUUUAUUUUUCUAUGAAGAAAUAAAUUAUGCUAUAUUGUGUUCAGUGAGGAAAUUAGGACAUGGUAUGCUCAAAUAUUAUGUUUCAAGAUAAUGCCUGGUUCUACAACUGGAUAUAACAUGCUAAAAUAAUGCCUGGUACAAUAACUGGCUAUGGUAGAUAAUGCCUUGUUCUAUAAUUAACUAUGUUGAGAUAAUGCCGAGUUCAAAAACUGGCUAUAGUGAGAUAAUGCCCAGUUCAAUAAUUGGCUAUGGUGAGAUAAUACCCGGUUCAGUAACUGGCUAUGGUGAGAUAAUACCCAGUUCAAUAAUUGGCUAUGGUGAGAUAUUGCCCGGUUCAAUAACUGGCUAUGGUGAAAUAAUGCCUGGUUCAAUUACUGGCUAGUUCAAUAAUUGGCCAUUGUGAAAUAAUGCUCAGUUCAAUAAUUGGCUAUGGUGAGAUAAUGGCCGGUUCAAUAAUUGACUAUGGUGAGAUAUUGCCCGGUUCACUUACUGGCUAUGGUGAAAUAAUGCCAGGUUCAGUUACUGGCUAUGACGAGAUAACACCCAGUUCACUAACCAGAUAUGACAUGGUGACAUGUUUGGUUUAAUAACUUGCUAUUAUUAUACUGUACCAUACUACCAUGUAUACUUCAACAUUUUAAAUCUGAGCAUGCCAAAUAUGAAUAGAAUAGAAUAGUGCAAUUGAUCUUUAGAUUAUUUAAUUUGGUGCCGAUAUUUAUUUUAAGUUCUACACUGUAACCCAGGUAUCAUUUAAUCUUGUGUAUCAAGCACUAAUUUCUUUUACAUUCAUCUAAUUUCAAAUAUUUGUUUAAAAAUUUGUAAAAAUCAUUUAAAAUCACCCAAAAUCAUCUAAUUUGUACUUGUGUCCAGUUAAAAGCUGUCUGAGUGAUAGAGAAAUUAAACACUUGUAAAUUGGACACUCAUGAUUAAAAUUGAACGGUCAGCUUUAAACUGGACACAAGUACAAAUUAGAUGAUUUUGGGUGAUUUUAAACGAUUUUUAAACAAAGAUUUGAUAUUAAACUCAUGUGAAAGAAAUUAGUGCUAAAUACACAAGAUGAAAUAAUAUAUGGGUUACAGUGCUAUGAAGCUUAUGAUAACCUAGUCAUUUAAUUUCCGUGUUAUUUACAGUUCAGCACUCUUGGUUUUCUACCAUAGCACUUGUUUAUUGUAUCUGUAAAAUACAUUUCAAAUUCAUCAUAUUAUUAACAACACUUCUAACAAAAUGGCACAUUUACAUGAAAAAAAAGAGUUAUGAUGUUCUUUAAUCAUUAUGACAAAUGGAGCCAUUUCAUUUGCAUUCCCAAAAAUGAUUACAAAUAAAAGAUAUCUUGUUAAAGAAGACAUAAAGUAUAGUCUGUGAACUGAUGUUCUUUAAUAAGUUCACGCAUAUCCUUUUCAUGCCCUAGAAUCAUAACAAAUACAGAAUAUCUGGCUAAUGAAGACAUUAUUUAUACUAGAGAUGCCCUAUCUGUGGAUACAUUGUUCUUAAGUUCAGGCAUUUCCUUUUCAAUCAUAAAAAAAAAAAAUAUUUUAUGAUACAGAUCUGCAGUGAGUGAACCAAAUCAAUUAGACCAAUGUGAUUGUUUUAUAUCUGUGAUCAGAAACAAGGUCUAAAUUUGUGUCACAAUUUUCAAAUAAUUUGUAGUAGACACAUACCCAGCUUUUAUUUAUUAUAAUGUAUAUUACUAGUUAUCUUAAUAGAAAUUUCUCAAAAUAUGCAGAAUUUUAAUUUGGUUUUCAUACUACCCAUACAAGCAAUUUUAUUAACUUAUAUUUUCAUUUAUGAGAAGAGAUUAUUAUGUAAAUAAUGAUGAAUAUUAGGAAAAUAAUAAAUAUGCUUGUCUUCCAGGGAUUAUAUUUAUCAAAUGUCUUAUAUAAGCUUGUUAAAAUUCUUAUCUAUUAGAACUGAUAAAUGUACUGUUAUAAGAUGAUGAUCUUUUAGUUAGUUUAUAAAAACGAAUUCAGAACAUUGGUCUCUUUUCUCAAACAUUGAUUAAGGCUAAACCAGGGCUUUCUUUAAAGACAUAUUUGCCAGUCUUGACAGACGUGCGAUAUAGAGAACUUACCUACCAUAGAAUUUGAAAGAAUUUAACAUUAUAAUGCAAUAAAUACUGUUAAAUUUAUAGUUAGUUGUACUAUAAAACCACUCAAAAAUAUAUUAAAAAUUGAAAUAAUCCUAAAAAUGGGUCAUAUUCUUGCUGCUCCGGGGUAAAACAAAAUAGGCAAAAAAUUGACUAGCUGGCAAAAUUCGGAAGUCAAAGCCCUCAUAUUCAGCCCUGGAUGUUAAAAGCACUUACCAGUAUAUCCAAUCUGAGAAUUUUCUUAACAGAUGAGAAUUUUUAAAGACUAAAGACGUCUGAUAAAUAUGGUACCAAUAUAGCUUAAUCGCAUAAUAUAAACAAUUUACCCGCUUGUAUCUGUAAACAUCUGUCUGCUAUUGGUUAAAUAUAAAGUACAGAAAUGAAUAUUUUGCUGGUUCCGGUAAUAUUGAUAUAUAAAUAAAUCCAUGUAUAAUGUUUUUAUAUUUUAAGAAACUGUACAGGUUUUCUCUUAUUUAAUCAUAAUAUAUCUCUAUUACCUCAUUAUAAUCCAUUAAUUGUGUCAUUGAAUUUGUAACCAUUGCUCAUUUUUUAGUGUCCAAUAUAUACAUCGAUAACUGGAUUACCCUAGUUAGCAAUUUAUGAACACCAAUAUUUUCAGUAUGAAUAACUAGAAGUUGCAAUUUACGAACACAGAUAUUUCAUUAUAAAUAACUAGAAGAUGAACAAAGUUCACAUUUUAUGAAUUGCCCAUGAGUCCUGUAAUUUCAUUGGUUGUAGAAAAAUUGCAAUAUCUAUUGCACCCUAAAGUUUAACCUGUCCGAUUUUUGAAAAUGUUCUUAUGUGAUUUUUGAAAAUGUUCCUACCGUACCUAUUUUAUUUUUGAAACAAUGAUACCUUUACGAGUAUACCUAUUAAUCAACUCCCAUCAAUUCACAUUUUAUGACAUGACCUAUGUCCAAGUUGUGCGAUUUCCUUGGUUGUAGAUAAAUUGCAACGUCUUUUGCAUGAUGGCCAGAAAGUUUAAUCUGUCCGGUGUGAUUUUUGAAACAAUGAUAUCUGUAUGAGUAAGCCUAUUAAUCAACUCCCAUCAAUUCAUUGUGAGUUGUGAUAUAAAUUAAAGAAUAACAGUGAUUUAAUUGAUGAUGAUAAUAAUACAUAUCACAUGGACAUUAUUUAAAUCUAUUUAAUAUAUUAUACUUGUAUUUAAGAUGAUGGUUGUUAUAACAUUCUACUGUUUUUGUCUUGUUUCAUACAUAUAUUAUAGUACUUACUAAUAUAUAUAUAUAUAUAUAUAUAUAUAUAUAUAUAUAUACUUCUGAUUUACAACUGAUGUAAUAUUCAUCAAGUGCCAAUAAAUUGUUAGAAAUUA